AUGCCUGUGGCAGCCAUUAUUGCUGACACAAUAUACUGCGCACAUGGUGGAAUAUCUCCAUUCAUCGACAAAUUGAGCGAUAUCAAUAAGAUAAAGAGGCCAUCAGUUGUGCCGGCAUACGGUAUCGGGUGCGAUCUAGUAUGGUCAGAUCCGGCCCUCCACAGAGACGGAUGGGUGCUAAGCCAUCGAGGUAUUUCCUUCCUGUUUGGUCCCAAAGCAGUGGAAGAUUUCUGUGCCAAGCAUCACCUCGAUAUUAUAUUACGUGGACAUCAAAUUAGUAACGAGAUGUACAAAAAUGGGUAUCGAAUUUCAUUCGACGGACGUCUUGUCACCUUAUUUAGUGCGCCGAAUUAUAUGAACUAUAAGAACAAUUCAUGUGUACUAACAGUUUCGAAAAAG